GUAUAUUUUAUUUCUCAUUCUAUGAAAUAAAUCUUCCAAAAAUAGCGAUUGAAUUAUAAUUCUAUUUUCAAUUAAGUGAUGUACUAAAUAGUGUCUUGUAGGACUAAUUACCACAACACAAGGACAAGACUCGAUAUUGGUCCAGUGGAAUUGAUUAGAACAAUUACUUGAAAAUGAACAUUUUGUAUAAAAAAAACCUAGUGAAACGAUUUUUGAAAUUACAACGCAGGCACUCAUCAUUAAAUAGUCAAAAAAAAGAGCCCAAACUGGCAACUGAUGUUAUCAACUAUUUAGAAAAUACACCUGAAUAUAAUGGUAUAAAAGGAAUUCUGCCUAAAACAUUAUUAAGAAAGUAUAAAUCUCCAGAGAACAUGUAUUUGAUAAACAGAAAGACUGCAGAGAAAAUUUCAAACAAUGUGAAAAACUACAUAAUGCCAGAGGAUCCUGUUAUUGAAGUUAACCCAGGAAUGGGUUUUCUGAGUGAAAUGUUACUUAAGAGUAUAAAUAAUAAAUUAUACAUCUAUGAAACAUCUAAUCAUUUCUCGACUCAUCUCUAUGAAUUAAGAGAUCAAUAUCCUGAUAGAGUUACACAUAAAGUUGCAGAUUUCUUUGGAAUGUGGAAGUUGGCCUUUCAAGAUAAAAUUGAUAAUGGCAAUAGAAUAAAAGAUCUACUUGGAGAACUUUGUACAGAUGAUAAUAAUCGAACUGUUAAAAUAAUUGGGGCAAUGCCAGGUUUAAACUUUAUCAAACAUUUAGUUAAUAAUAUUGUAUUUCACAACACAAACAACCAGCUGGGGAAACCAGAUCUUUUCAUCAUCAUGCCAGGAUAUAACUAUGAGUUUCUUACAGAUCACCAAAUCCAAACAGGCAAGCACAAAUCAAUGCCAUCCCUUUUUCAACUGUUUUUUGAUUACAAAAUAUUAACCAGUGUACCAAAAGUACAUUUUCUGCCAUGGACUUAUCCACCAAAUAAUAAAAAACUGUCUGUGAUGGACGAAUGUAAUUUGUACCUGGUAAAUAUAACCCAAAAAGACAAACUGCCAUGUCCACCCGAAUAUUUACCACUUUUAUGGUACUUUUUCAAACCUCACAUGUUUUCUAUGUCAACGAAAGUUAUACCAAUGUUAGAACAAUGGAUUCCUGGUUGUGGAGUCUGGCUAAUAUCCGGCCAGGAUCCUCCAGACACAAAUAAAAAUAUAUCGCCAGGGGAGGAAGACGCCGAACUCCCACACAUGACUAUAUUUACGGAAUUCAGAGACUUGACUUUAAGACAAAAACUGACAGUUUUCAAAAGAUUUGUGUCGUGGCCGGAGUUCGAGCAAUCGCCCUUUAAAGUAACCAUGGAAAACAACUUGCCCAAGUUCAUUAUACCCCUAGAAGAUGACGACAAAGAUAGUAUUGGCUCUCAUAUCGAAGAUAUGGAGCAUUCCGAUUCAGACGUUGACACAUAAGGAAAAAUGUUAUUUGUAUUUUUACAAUAAACC